CCCUAGGCGAGAACGGUUUAGCUCCUCCUCACUUCUCCGCUUGAAACAAAAGACACGAAAACACAUCCCCGAAACACCAUGAACAGGUCUUCCUUUCUUUAGAGCUCUUGAGAAGGGAAAGAAGAAGAAGAGACUCUUCUCUCACAAACAAAUCGCUCGAUUUCUCAUUUUUCAUUCCAGAUCCGCCAUUUUUUGGUCCUCUUUGACGACAAAGGAAACCCUAGCUUGCGCAAAGCAGCCCCUCGAUCUUUGAAAACAAAAAUCCCUCUCAAUCACCCUCGAUUUUCGCUAUUAUUUACCGCUUCGCCCCUUCUUUGCCUCGAUUUUCCUUUUCUCUUAUUUUGUGUAGUUCUUUUUGGUCCUUGGUGUAAAUCAUAGUUCGGUAGCAAUUGGUUAGGUUUUUUUCUUGGGGUUUAAGUCGGAGGUGAUGAACAACAACAAUAGAGGGAGGUAUCCACCCGGGAUCGACGUCGGGCGUGGUGGAGGGGUGAAUACGAACUCUAACUUCCAGUCGAGGACGCCGCAGCAGCAACAGCAACAGCAGUACGUGCAGAGGAAUUACGUGCAUAAUCACCAGCAAUUUCAGCAGCAACAGCAGCACCAUCAUAAUCAGCAGCAGCAGCAGCACCACCCUCAUAAUCAACAGCAGCAUUAUCAUAAUCAGCAGCAACUGCAUCAUCAACAGCAACAACAGUGGCUGAGGAGGGGCCAGUUACCUGGUGCAGAUGCCGUGGUGGAUGAGGUUGAAAAGACCGUGCAGUCUGAGGCCGUUGACCCGAGCUCUCAAGAUUGGAAGGCAAGCCUGAAGAUACCACCAGCUGAUACACGCUACAGAACAGAGGAUGUGACAGCCACCAAAGGAAAUGAAUUCGAGGACUAUUUUUUGAAGCGUGAGCUGCUUAUGGGAAUAUAUGAGAAGGGUUUUGAAAGGCCUUCCCCAAUUCAAGAAGAAAGUAUUCCUAUUGCUCUUACUGGUAGUGAUAUACUUGCGAGAGCCAAAAAUGGUACAGGGAAAACAGCUGCAUUUUGCAUUCCUGCCUUGGAAAAAAUUGACCUAGAAAACAAUGUUAUUCAAGUUGUCAUUCUGGUUCCCACGCGAGAGCUGGCUCUUCAGACAUCACAAGUUUGUAAGGAGCUUGGAAAGCAUUUGAAAAUUCAAGUUAUGGUUACCACCGGUGGUACCGGUCUGAAGGAUGAUAUUAUGCGUUUAUAUCAACCAGUACACUUACUUGUUGGGACACCUGGAAGAAUACUAGAUCUCGCAAAAAAGGGCAUUUGUAUUUUGAAAGAUUGCUCAAUGCUUGUUAUGGAUGAGGCUGAUAAGCUUUUGUCUCCAGAGUUUCAACCGUCAAUAGAACAGCUGAUUCGAUUUCUUCCUGCUAGUCGUCAAAUUUUAAUGUUUUCAGCUACAUUUCCUGUUACUGUCAAGGACUUUAAAGAUAGAUAUCUUCAGAAGCCUUAUGUUAUUAAUCUUAUGGAUGAGCUUACUCUCAAGGGUAUCACCCAGUUCUACGCUUUUGUGGAAGAAAGACAGAAAGUUCACUGCCUAAACACUCUUUUUUCAAAGCUGCAAAUAAACCAAUCAAUCAUUUUCUGUAACUCAGUAAAUCGGGUAGAAUUGUUGGCUAAGAAGAUUACAGAACUUGGCUACUCUUGUUUCUAUAUUCAUGCAAAGAUGCUCCAAGACCAUCGCAACAGAGUAUUUCAUGACUUCCGCAAUGGUGCUUGCAGAAACUUAGUUUGUACUGAUCUAUUUACCAGGGGGAUAGACAUUCAAGCAGUGAAUGUCGUUAUUAACUUCGAUUUUCCAAAGAACUCAGAAACAUACCUGCAUAGGGUUGGUCGAUCUGGAAGGUUUGGACACCUAGGGUUGGCUGUGAAUUUGAUCACCUAUGAGGACCGCUUUAACUUGUACAGGAUCGAGCAAGAGCUUGGUACCGAAAUUAAACAAAUUCCUCCACAUAUUAAUCAGGAAAUUUAUUGCCGUUAAUUUGUGGUGGAUGUUUGCCAUUUACUCAACUAUGGUUAAUACCAAUGGGUUGAUGAGGCUGUCCCUUGGCUAGUAUUGUAGCUCCACAUCCAGGCAGCAAGACUAAAAAUUAGUAGUUGGAAGACCUUCUUGUUGGUGCUGUAUGCACAUAACCCUGGAAUGCUUUUAUUGGUUUAUCGAUUUUCAUGGGCCUGAAAUAUUAUUAAUAGGAUAUUAGGCAAGUUAGAAUGGUUUAUAAAUCCUGGAUAGGUGCUGGUCACCGUUCGGGGAUGGUUUGAUUUUGUUUGCAGUCGGUUUGGCAUUACUGUGGUUUUUGAUAGCUGUUGAUUGAAGGUUGUUGUACUUCAUGCAGAAUAUCCUCUCUCCCUCUCCCACUGUAGGAUGACUUUCCUCUCUUCGCUUCAGAAAUAAAAGCACCGAACUUUUGAGUGCUGUAAUUUCUCUUUC